CGGCUCGACAUAUAUUCACGUAAAACUAGUUAUUCAUGUUUAGAAUAGUGUGAUACCGACAUUUGCGACAAAGGUCCAACGAAGAAUUUUCACUGAACGUCCAAAAAUGAAAACUUUAUUCAUUUGCUUGGUUUUGUUUUCUGGAAUAGUUUUGGGACAAGAUCUACCGACUUUGUUUCCGGCCAAUCCAUUUGAUCCGAAUAACGAUGCGGCUCGUCUAUUCGACGCCAUUGACGGUUGGGGAACUGAUGAAGACAAAAUCAUCAGCGUCCUUUGCUAUCGAACUGCAUCGCAAAGAGACGUCAUCACGACAACUUACAACAAUCAACAUGGAAAUUUGGCCAAUGAUCUUCAGUCAGACUUGACUGGGAACUUUAAAACUCUUACGAUUAUGCUUACCCACGGCAUGAUAAAAUUUCUAUCGAUUGAACUACAUGAGACGAUGGCCCGACCUGGAACGGAUGAAAAAUCUUUAACGGAAAUCAUAAUGAGUAGAUCUAAUCAAGAGUUGUCAGAAAUCAGAACCUUUUUCCUCGACUAUUAUGGGCACUCACUAGUGUCGGAAAUAGAGGGCGACACAAGUGGUGCUUACCAACAACUUUUGAUUCAAAUGGCAGAGGGACUCAGAGAUGAAAGUACUUUUCUGAAUAUGACAGCAGUGGAGAAAGAUGUCGACGAUUUGUACGAAGGAGGUCCCGCAAUUGAAGGAACCAACGAAGAUCUUUACAUAGACGUGUUUUCUUUGCGCAACUAUGUUCACGUGGACGAAGUAGCCGUUCUCUACGAAGAAAAAUAUGGAACUUCGCUCACUACCGUUGUUACCACCGAAUUUGAGGGAAGGGACAUGGGAAAUGCUCUUGUGUCCAUUCUGCAAUAUAGUCGCGACAAGGCAAAAUACUUUGCUUCCCGGUUCCAUGAGUCUAUUGCUGGAGUUGGAACAGAAGACCGAGAUCUUAUGCGCUUAACAAUUAGUCGUUGUGAGACCGAUCUCGGUAACAUUAAAACUGCCUAUCAAAACAUCUAUUCAGUUUCACUUAGUAGUGAUGUGUCGGAUGAUACUUCUGGAUCCUACCGCUCAGCAUUACUUGCAUUAAUUGAUUAAAGAAGAUAAUUAGGUACGUAAGAUAAAGCACACAUUCGGCUUUUGAAAACACACAGUAGGUCUAUGUAGGCUAAUGUGUGUGUACUAUCUGUAACCUCUGCAUGCAUUAUAAAUUUCUCUUUCUAAAAGUAAACAAAAUCCUGCCUAUGAAA